AUGUUUCUCAUAGUAUACGAGUGUAUCAUGGCCCGCUACAACAUCCUGAAGCCAUUUAAACCUCUCUUCCAUCUCGAUAACGAACCAAGCUCUCCUGACUCGCCUGAUUCUUGGCUGGAUUUCGAGAUAAGCUUGGAGCCUCCCGAGAAGGCACUGUAUUUAACUCGCAGCUCGGAAUGGUUGUUGCAAGUCGGUCGAGAGUCGGGAAUAGAGCGUCAGUUAUCGCUAUUAGGAUACUCGCAUCCAGUCAUCAAAGUAUCGACAGAGUCCUUUGUCAGUCGCCUCACAAUCAGUGACUUGUCGUUGCUGACUGAUGAUGAAAAGGAGAAUCACGAGAACUUUGUUGUCAAGGAAAACAACUAUCUUAUUGAUAUCAUGACACGACCAUACAAGCUGAAAUACCAUCAACUGAAUGCAUAUCAGAGUCUCUUACGGCUGUCAGAUCCUCUGGUAACAAACGAACGUAUCGACGACCAAAUAUUCUCACCAUCGAAAUGUGCCGAAACCGCUGAAUUCAUAAAAACCCAGUUUCCCGUCAGGCCCAAAAUGACGAAACAGGAAUGGGUGUGCUUGCAAGACCCAAAGGCUGAGUUCUCACAACAGAAACCGAGGUUGCCUGGCCAAAGACAUCCAGGCCUCGGCAUAGGAAACCUCUUUUUUACAACACUAAACAAACUCGUCGCUGAAAAGAACUUUGGCAUGUUCUUCACCGCAGAACACUUCCAUAAUGCAGUCAUGUACUCCAAAUCAGGAGCCAAGUUUGCUUCUCCCCUUAUGGAAGGAUACUUUCGAGCCCUGACGGAAAGCUUAAAACCACUCAUUACACAAUACUCGUUAUCUGCUAUAUCGUGGGGUAUAGGCGAAGGACGUGUUGUAGAUGAAGACACUGGUAGGCCCGUCGUGUACCUCGCUCAGGAGCAGCUGGCGCCUAUUGAGGAGAACAUUGUGAGGUAUAUAUCGUCGGCCCAGUAUAAGAGUAUUGCGGAAGAGGCAUAUGUGCUGGGGAGGGCGAGGAAGCUAAGGCUCUUAGAGUAG